AUGGACAAUAAAAAUCUAAAACAAGGUGCUAGUGACUCAUCAUCAUCAUCAUCAUCAUCUACAGCAAGUAACACAAAUAAAUCAUCCUCAGUAGAAGCAGGAGCAACAACAGUGGAUCCUCAACAAUGUGUUAAUUUCCUUAGUGAACUUAAAAAAGAAAAUAUUUUUUUGAUUGUAUCUGGUGCAUUAGGACAACAAAUAGUACCAGAAAUUCAAGCAAUGCCACAGUUAGAAACAAUAUAUGUUUUCUGUGACAAUGAAUCAUAUCAUGAAGAAUGGACUAAAACUGUAUCAAAGGUCAAAGGAGUUUAUACUGAUAUUAAAUCAAUUUGUCAAGCACUAGAAAUCGAUCGAGAACGAUGCGAUCGAGCUAUGAUCUCGAUUAGCUUUAAGGGUCUCGAUCCUCUGUUCAUGUAUACACAAUUGUUAAAAGAAACACUUUUAGAAAUCGAAGAUGAUUAUAGACAAUCUAUCAAAGACCUGGCUGAAUAUUGUCGUGAACAGGAUGAUAUUCCUGAAGAUCAAAUUAAACAAGUCGAAAAUGAAUAUCGUAAUCAUACACCAAUAUGGUGGUAUACAGCUGAAAUAUUUAUUUAUUCGAUGCUUAAUCGUGGACUUCGACAAAUGGAUGUCAAUAUAAUGCUUAGGAUGGGUUUCUUCAUUCGUCAUCUACAUAAUCAUCAAGUAUCACGACUUUUCUACCAAUGA